AUGCCUCCAGGGCUAUCAGGCAACACGAUGAUAGCACGUCGAUCAUCGCCCAAGGCCAGCAUUAUAGAGAGCAAGAAAUGGUGGUCCUUCGUCCGGUACAAGCAUGGACGCGAUUUUUCUGGCGGCUCGGGGAAUCCAGAAAGGGGACAUUGGACCCGACUCGUGUGUGGCGAAGCAAGCAAGGGCGCCACCACCGAAUACAUGCCUCUUGCAUUACUUCUUGCCGUCAGGGCCAAUCUGAACCCGGUGGGGCAUCUCGAUGAUGGUGUUCUCCAACGAGCCGUCAAUUUCUUGCAGGGGAAACCGUUGUUCGUAUACCUCAGAACCCUCGAGGCACCGCUCAUGGACAAGGAAAGACGGUGGCUCAUCCAGUCUACACAUCUCGCGCACGUCCUCAAGAUCGAGUACCUUCAGAGGGCUGCGAUGCACGCCCUCUAUACUUGGAUUCUUCGACGCCCUGAAGACUGGUCUGAUACCUCUGCGUCGCGACGACUCCUCGAAGGCCUCACGACCGAAGGCAACCCAGCCCGCCGAGUAUAA